GCUUCUUAUCUUCUGCGCAUGCGCAGUGGCACACGUCUUUGUUAUUUCCCUUCAGAAUGGCGCUUAGCAAAACGUUUGGACAAAAACCGGUUAAAUUUCAGCUCGAGGAAGAUGGAGACUUUCACAUGAUCGGAUCGGAGGUUGGAAACUACCUGCGCAUGUUCAGAGGCUCCCUGUACAAGAGAUACCCGUCGCUAUGGAGGAAACUGGCUUCAGUGGAAGAGCGGAAGAAGAUCGUGGAGUCGUCUCACGAUCACGGCUACACUCAGCUGGCCACCAGCGUGACUCUGCUGAAGGCCUCUGAGGUGGAGGAGAUCCUGGAGGGAAACGACGAGAAGUACAAAGCCAUCUCCAUCAGCACGGAGCCGCCCGCCUACCUCAGCAGGGAGCAGAAGGCCAAGAGGAGCAGCCAGUGGGUUCCCACGCUGCCCAACAGUUCCCACCACCUGGACGCCGUUCCCUGCUCCACCACCAUCAACCGCAGCCGGCUGGGACGCGACAAGAAGAGGACGUUCCCGCUGUGCUUUGAUGACCACGACCCGGCGGUGAUCCACGAGAACGCCACUCAGUCGGAGGUCCUGGUCCCCAUCCGUCUGGACAUGGAGAUCGAGGGGCAGAAGCUCCGAGACGCUUUCACCUGGAACAUGAACGAGAAGCUGAUGACGCCCGAGAUGUUCGCGGAGAUCCUCUGUGACGACCUGGACCUCAACCCGCUGGCCUUCGUCCCCGCCAUCGCCUCCGCCAUCCGGCAGCAGAUUGAGUCGUACCCCACGGACAGCCUCCUGGAGGAGCAGACGGACCAGAGGGUCAUCAUCAAGCUCAACAUCCACGUGGGGAACAUCUCGCUGGUGGACCAGUUCGAGUGGGACAUGUCGGAGAAGGAGAACUCCCCGGAGAAGUUCGCCCUGAAGCUCUGCUGCGAGCUGGGCCUCGGCGGCGAGUUCGUCACCACCAUCGCGUACAGCAUCCGGGGGCAGCUGAGCUGGCACCAGAGGACCUACGCCUUCAGUGAAAACCCGCUGCCCACAGUGGAGAUCGCCAUCAGGAACACGGGCGAUGCCGACCAGUGGUGCCCCCUGCUGGAGACGCUGACCGACGCCGAGAUGGAGAAGAAGAUCAGGGACCAGGACAGAAACACCAGGCGGAUGAGGCGACUGGCCAACACGGCCCCCGCAUGGUAGAA